CGACGCCCCUUACCGCAAGCCUCUCUCAUUCCAAACCUCCGAAUCCUAACAUUUCCAAUGAAGACAUUCAACCGCCUAUUGUAACUACAAUACCCGAGAAUGGGGACUACCGCGCAGUCAUGAGGCACAGGGGUUAGGAGGACAGAUAAAGUAUCGCCAGUCCCCAAGUGAGAAGGGCAGCCGCGCAGAAAGGAUUUCGGAGAUGGCGUCUUGGGCAGGGCAGCCCUCGGUGAAGGGCUCGACGGAGAGCAUGCGGAUGGCACUGUUGACGUUCUCGUUAGUUGGGAUCCAAUUUACUUGGGGAAUUGAGAUGACUUAUUGCACGCCCUACCUGCUUGCCCUCGGCCUCACAAAAUCCCGCACCUCACUUGUUUGGAUCGCGGGUCCCCUCUCCGGUCUAAUAGUUCAACCUAUAAUUGGGGUCCUCGCUGAUCGUUCGAAAUCAAAAUAUGGCAGACGAAGACCUGUGAUGCUCAUUGGGUCAGUUCUGGUAGCAGGUUGUUUAAUAACGCUUGGGUGGGCAAAGGAGAUUGUGGGGCACUUCGUGGAAGAGGGCGAAUUUAGGAGGAGUUGCACGGUUGCGCUCGCUGUGGUUGCAAUUUAUGCGGUCGAUUUUGCUAUCAAUGCUGUGCAGGCUUGCUGCAGGAGUUUGAUUGUUGAUACACUUCCUAUUCCAAAACAGCAGACUGGGAGUGCCUGGGCAAGCAGAAUGGUUGCCAUUGGUCAUUUGACGGGAUACGUUAUUGGUACGAUGGAUCUCGUGAAAAUUUUCGGACCUUCGUUUGGCGACACGCAGUUUAAACAGUUGACUUUGGUGUCUGCUGUUGCUCUGAUAAUUUCAUGUGGAGUCACGUCCUGGGCUGUGACGGAGAGAGUUCUGAUCUCCGGGAGAGAUGCAGAUGCACCGAAUAAAGGGAUUAUCGAGAUCAUACAGCACAUUUUCAAAACAGCUACCUCACUUCCUCCUCGGAUUCAGGCAAUUUGCAACAUCCAACUAUGGAGCUGGAUUGGCUGGUUUCCGUUUUAUUUUUAUAGCACGACUUUUGUUGGAGAGAUGUACUUCAGAUACGAUGCUCCUCAUGAUGUCAAGCAGUCGAAAGACGCCUUGGGAGAAAUCGGACGGAUAGGUAGCUUGGCCUUGGUCGUUUUCUCCUCCGUCGUCUUUUUUGGGGCAACCAUACUUCCCAUCCUUAUUAGGUCACCAGAUGGAGAAAACUUCACCAAACGACCGCCGGCGGCAAUCGCAGCCGUCCUCACCAAAUUCAACAAAUACCGACCCGACCUUCUUACUGCCUGGAUCUGGGGCCACUGCCUCUUCAGCAGCUCCAUGAUCCUCACACCCUUCGCACACUCCUUCCGCUCCGCAACUUUCCUAAUAGCACUCUGUGGCAUUCCUUCUACCCUUUCCUCUUGGGCGCCCAGCACAUUCAUGGGGAUGGAAGUCAACCGCCUCAGUACACCCGCCUCCUCCUACCGACGCCUCUCCAUCACCUCGCCCCUCGAACUCGCCUCCCCAAUCACACCUACAACGCCUACUCGUCUCGAGCAGGGCGCUAUAGCCGAAAAAGAGGAUAACAGCUCCACGGGCGAACUUUCCGGCCUCUACUUCGGGAUCCUAAAUAUCUACACCACGAUCCCACAGUUCAUAGGGACCUUUAUCAGCAUGGUUGUUUUUGCAUUGCUGGAGCCGGGCAAGAGCCCAGAGUUAGCCCAUGAUGCGGAUCCGAGUGAGCAUCAUGGGACGGAUGGCCCGAAUGCUAUUGCUGUCUGUUUGUGUAUUGGUAGUAUGUGUACGAUUGGUGCAGCCUUUGCGACCAGGAGGUUGAGGAGUCUAUAUCGGGAUGGUUGAAGAGAGGUUGCAUGGGCGAUGAAUUUGAUUUGGUUUCACUGGCAUGGCGGGGCGUUUUUGUAGGGAACUUGUUGAAGUGUAUGAUAGAUAGAUUUCGGAUAGAGAUGGCGGGCGUUCGAAUAGCUGGAAUAGAUAUGAUACGCUUUACUCGCUUUCAUUAUAGGGACUCUACUAAAACCAC